AUGGAAGUAGCCAACCACAAGAUAGUUAAUGAAUCUAAUUCAGUAUCUGAGUCCGGUUUAGAUAAGGAUUCUAAAUUGGGAAAAGAAGAGAGGUCUCUUUGUAAGGAAGUUCUUUUGAAGUUGAAAAAGAGUACGCAUGCGGCGCCCUUUCUCUUUCCUGUAGAUCCACAGCGGCUUAACAUUCCUGAUUACUAUGAUAAGAUAAAGAAUCCGAUGGACUUAUCAACUAUUAGUAAAAAGUUGGAUAGUGAGACAUACCAAAGUAUUGCUGAGGUUAAAAAGGAUGUAGAGUUAAUGUUUUCUAAUUGUUACCUCUAUAAUGCGCCUGAUUCAGCUGUGUACAAGAUGGGGGCUGGCUUAGAGAAGUACUUUAAGCAGUUGGUGCAACGUGGGAUGUUAGAUAAACGUAAAAGUGCUGAGGAUAGUAGUGAGAUGGGUUCUGAGCGAAAAAGGACGAAAGCUAGAAGUAUGCCGCAGGAGGAGUAUACUCGUUGUCAAGAGACUUUGGCUGAACUGUUUAAAGCUAAGAACCGUCGGAUUAAUUGGCCUUUCUUGGAACCGGUUGAUGGUACGAUUGUUCCUAAUUAUUAUACUUUGAUUAAACGGCCGAUGGACUUAUCUACGAUGCGGAGUAAACUUACUACUAAUAAGUAUAAUAGUGCUAAUGAGUUUGCUGAGGACUUUGCCUUGAUUAUUUCUAAUUGUUAUACCUUCAAUGCAGAAGGGUCUGAAGUGUAUAAUUGUGCGACUAAGUUGAAUGCUUUGUUCAAGCAGGCCUUUGAACAGAAGAAGAAGGGGCCCGAGGAUAGUUCAGCCCGAAUUGCUGAGUUGAAAGGACUGAUUGCGCAGUAUGAGGCAGAAUUACGGCGGUUGGAGAAGAAGAGUGGAGUAGUGGCGAGUGGGUUUGGGUAUGAUGAGAAGAAGCGGUUAAAAAGAAGGCUGGAAUCUUUAUCAACGGAAAAAGUGCGUGGGGUGGUUAACUAUAUCCAGAAGAACGUUCCUUCGGCGGUUAUUACGGAAAUGGAUGAGUUAGAGAUUAACUUGGAUUUACUAGACCAAAGUACGCUGGUGGGGCUGAGUGAUGUUGUCCGGGAGGCCUAUGUAGAAGAGCAGCGCAUUGAAAGUGAUUCAAGCAGUGAAUAA